AUGUGGACGCUCGCCUGGCUUGUGAUGUCGAUUUCAGGCGUCAUAGUUUCCGCCGGCCAGAUCGGUAUCUCGGCGCGACAGAGACGAUCUGCUCAUCUCUUGAUUGGCGCCUCGCCGGCCGGAGGACACGUUCAGGACGCGUCCGAGAUGCGCGCCAUUGCGGCGGCCGUUUGUGUGGCCCACUGCCUCAAGGACUGUACCGCCAAAUUGGAGCAGGCAGCCGUCAAGGGCCAAAGAGUAAGUCUGUACAGUUGCCGUGACAGCACAAGAGGAGGGCGGGUGCAGAUCUGUAUGAGUCUGGUGGCUGUGUGGCUGUGGGCCAAUGGCGGGAACACGUUGGGCAAAUGGUAA